AUGGGCUGGAAUGAGAAUGUGUGUUUAGAUAGCGGAAAACCGUGUGAAAAUGUGCGUAACGAUGAAGACGAGGGUUCUUGGGAUGAUAACGAGAGUGAUGAGGAAGACGAUGGUGAUGAAUAUGACUCUGAUUAAUAAUUAUGUCGGGAAUAAUUGUGUUUUUGUUUUUGUUUUUGUUUUUGUUUUUGUUUUGUCAGAAUUGAACACACAAGCAAAGCUAAAUAUCGUAGCUUCGGUUUCAUGUUUUUGAAAUUCACGUGACCAGCAUAAUUUAUCGGAAAGGAACAGUUUGAGCUAAAAGAUUUUUCUACGCUGUCUAUGAGGUACAGCAUAGCAUUUAGAGGUUUUUGGAAGCUCGAAAGAUUCUUUAGUAAACCAUCCUCAAGUCCAUGCUCAUUAAGUCGCGUGACUGAUGUGGUGACUCACAGUUACUAAACAUAUCAAAGAGAACAUAGAUCUAUAUAAUUGUUGCUGUUUUUCCAUAAUAAAAGAUGUUAUUGGAUGUUUUAUGUAGUAGCCUCGUUUUCAUGCAGGGUCUACGAAGGAAUUUGUAAAAAUAUCCUCUAAAAAGCGUUGGAGCAGGUUGCAAAAGUGGCAACACGACUCUUCUGGUUAUUUAAGGUCCCCUGAACAUAUCUAG